GGUGCAGGUGGGGGGGUCAGUAAGACCCGGCGACACCUUACCUCCGGCAUUGCCGCUGCUGCUGCGGAGCGGGAAACGGAAAAGGAACGGUCCACGAAACCGCAGCUCCCUCCAUCCAGGCAGCAGCAGCAGCAACAACACGUAACCUCCUCCUCCACCUCCACCACCACCACCACCACCUCCACCACCACCACCACCACCACCACCACCACCUCCACCCCCCCAGCUGCCCCCCCGUUGCGGUUUGACGCCGACACGGCGGUGCGAGUGCUGCGGGGGGCGGGGUACGCGGAACAUGCGCUGUGGGUGGCGGAUGCGGCGGGGCAGAUCGAUGCCGUCCUGGACAUUCUGCUGGACGAGCUGGGCGAUGGCGAGGAGGCGAUUGCCUUCCUGGAGACACUGCCACGGAGGAGGCGCGCCGAGGCGCUGCAGCGCUACGGUCGCUCCCUGAUCGCUCUGUUGCCCGAACAGGCAACCCGGCUCAUCAUGGACCUCUGCUGCAGCCCGCCACCCGACACCUCCUCCCCCUCCCAAGCCCCCUCCCCCUCCGCCUCCCAAGCCCCCUCCUCCUGGUUCACCGCUUCCGUCUCCCAGUUCGCGCACCUCUACAGCGGCCAGCCCACCGCCCUCAUGCUACUCUGCGAGUUCAUUCUCAACACAAACAGCGGUUGUACGGCAACCCCCAUGAGCUGCCUAUCCUCAUGCCGAUUCCAGCACCUCUUCUUCCUCCUCAUCUUGGUUUCGCGCCCGUGCACAUCAGCGGUUGUUGUACCACACACUGCUGGAGCUGUAUCUGGCUGAACACAUCUGGCAGCAG